AUGGAUUCCCUCGACAGCAAGACGGGGAAUGGAGAAGAUAAAGUGGUAUCAGCUUCUAGACGGGCUAGGAAGCGGAAGCGUGGUAACCGAAACGACGAUAAUGAGAAUGGGAUCAAAAAGGCUCGAGUAUCAGCGAAUGGCAUUGAAUCCAAGCAAAGAUCUCGAAAGAUGAUUCAAAAUGACACCAUUGCCCAUGAAAGGAAUAUAUCCAACCCCAGAGGCGACUCGGAAAAUGGCAUAACCAAAUCUGGCCCAAAUCGAAGCGUAUCCAAUCUCAAGGAAAAGGCCAGGAUUCUUCUUGAAACGAGAAAAAAACUCCCUAUCUUUGCGCACGCAGACGAGAUUCGUGCUCAUCUUCGCCGGACAGAUGUCAUGUUGCUUGUCGGAGAGACAGGAAGUGGUAAAAGUACCCAAGUGCCUCAAUUUCUUAUCGACGAGCACUGGUGUCGCCCAAAAUCAGUCAAGAUACCAUCUUCCGGGAACAAGCAAACAGCCACCGUCGGUGGCUGCAUAGCCAUUACCCAGCCUCGUCGUGUAGCAGCCGUCUCUCUGGCACGAAGAGUGGCAGAAGAAGUUGGCUGUCCGCUUGGUUCUUCAUCACCUGCGAGCAAGGUUGGCUAUGCUGUGCGUUUUGAUACCUCUGUUUCGCCGAGCACACGUAUCAAAUUCAUGACAGAUGGAAUGCUAUUGCAAGAAAUGCUGAGUGAUCCGUGGUUGACGAAGUAUAGCGCUAUAGUUGUUGACGAGGUUCACGAGAGGGGUAUCAAUGUUGACUUGCUUCUUGGGUUCCUGAGAAACAUUGCUACAGGAUGCAAGGAAGGGAGAGGAGGAGUCCCGCUCAAGAUCGUGGUUAUGAGUGCCACAGCGGAUAUGGAGAGUUUACUGUCGUUUUUUACUGAUGGAUACAUACAAACGUCAAAUUCUCUGCUGGAAUCUUUGAAGGAAGAUGAUACCGGUUCUAAAUCUCAGAAGGCAAAUGCUUUAACGCCCUCAGCGAAGGGGAAAGAGAUUCAAACAAAACCGGAUCAGGUUUCUGUCUGUCAUAUAAAGGGCCGCCAGUUCCCUGUUACCACUAUAUAUUCUCCGGUACCAGUCCCUGACUUUGUGGAUGCAGCACUCAAAACCAUUUUUCAGAUUCACUACAAGGAACCUUUGCCCGGUGAUAUUCUAGUGUUCUUAACCGGUCAAGAGACGGUGGAAAAUUUGGAGUAUCUGGUCAAUGACUAUGCUAGUACCAUGGAUAAAGAACUGCCAAAAGUGCUAGCUGUACCUCUCUUCGCAGCCCUUCCGCAGGUUGCUCAACAACGAGUCUUCCUGCCCACAACUCCGAGAACAAGGAAGGUCAUUUUAGCCACGAAUAUUGCUGAAACUUCCGUGACUGUUCCUGGAGUACGAUACGUUAUUGACUGCGGCAAGGCUAAGACCAAACAGUUCAGGACACGCCUUGGCCUUGACUCGCUGCUGGUUAAACCUAUAUCAAAAUCUGCUGCUAUACAAAGGAAAGGCCGUGCUGGUCGAGAAGCGCCAGGACAAUGUUACCGGUUAUAUCCUGAGAAGGAAUACCUUGCCUUACCAGAGACCAACACUCCCGAGAUUCUACGAUGUGAUGUGAGCCAAGCUAUAUUGACGAUGAAAGCCAGGGGAGUAGAUGAUAUAGUUGGGUUCCCAUUUCUCACGCCUCCUCCUCGAGAUGCAAUUGAAAAGGCGUUAUUACAGCUUUUCAAUAUUAACGCUCUGGAUGAAACCGGGAAGAUUAGCCCUAUCGGUAGCCGCAUAGCCAAACUUCCACUUACCGCGCCGCUAGGUCGGGUGCUUCUCGCUGGAGCAGAGAAGGGGCCUCGUUGUCUCAGAGACGUCAUCGAUAUUAUUUCGUGUCUGAGUGUAGAGAAUAUCUUUUUAAAUACAUCAUCAGAGGAGAAGAAGGAACAGGGAGAUCUGGCAAGGCGCGAUUUGUACAGGAGAGAAGGGGACCAUUUGACCAUGCUUGCCACUGUCCGCGCGUAUGCGGCUGAAAAUGCGGACCGAAGGGCAUGGGCUGAACGCCACCUUGUCUCUCAUAGAGCAAUGCAGGCAGUUAUGGUACGUCUAUAA